AAGAAACACACACACACACACACACAGACACAUGCAAACAUAGACACAGACACACACACACAUAAAUGUACGUGACAACAGACACACACAUGCAAACAUAGACACACACACACACACAAAUGUACGUGACAACAGACACACACACAUGCAAACACAGACACACACACAUAAAGAAACACAGACAUAAGCAGACGCACACACACUCACUCAAACACUCACGCAAACACACAGACAGACAUGCACAUGUACACAUAAAUAAAUACAAACACACACACACACACACACACACACACGCACACACACUCGGAGGGGGAAGGCUGUGUGUGAAUGAGGAAGUUGUGCGACCUUUGUGUUCUAGUUGUUUUCACACCUGGAGCUGCAGAACAACAGAACGGCAGCAGCAGGUGUGAUUCUGUCCACAGACCGAAGCUCUGAGCUUCUGCUCUGGUUCUGGUUCUGGUUCUGGUUCUGGUUCUGGACGAGGGGCUGAGGAUGGAUCUCUGAGCUCCGGUUCUGGGGUCAGAGGCAGAUUGAGGGCAGAUUCCGGCCGUCAGCUCUUCUGGUUCCUGUCUUGCUUUCACUACUUUGUGAAAGGAGACGUAAAAAGGAAGGAAGAGCAGAGCGAGAGCUGAGAGGAGGCGAAGGACGAGCAGCACGGCAGCUUCACCUGCAGGGUCGGUUCCAGCUGCACAGGUGGAGGUUCUGAGCUCAGGUGGAGCCGUGACAUCAGAGGAGGUCACCGGAGGAGUCAGACGGACAGAAAGUUUAGAUUCCCAGAGAGGAAGUGUCGAGGAGGGGACGGUUUCUUUGUCGUGUCGCCGGUAAAAGGCUCCUCGCUGCGUCUGCACAGGUUCCACCGAGUCUUCUGUGAGGUUCUCGCGUUCCUGGCAGCAGCAGCAACAGAACCAUGGUCCGGUGGUUCCACAGGGACAUCAGCGGUCUGCAGGCCGAGGAGAUGCUGAAAACUCGAGGAAUUCCCGGCAGUUUUCUGGCUCGACCCAGUAAGAAGAACGUUGGAGACUUUUCUCUGUCUGUCAGGGUCGGUGAAGGCGUCACCCACAUUCGUAUCCAGAACACCGGGGAUUUCUACGACCUGUACGGCGGGGAGAAGUUCGCCACGCUGUCCGAGCUGGUGGAGUACUACACGGCAGAGAACGGCAUCCUGCAGGACAGAGACGGAACCGUCAUCGAGCUCAAAUACCCGCUCAACUGCUCGGACCCCACCACAGAGAGGUGGUUCCACGGUCACCUGUCCGGUCCGAGCGCUGAGAAGCUGCUGGCGGCCAAAGACGAACCCGGAACCUUCCUGGUCCGAGAGUCUCUGUCCAAACCGGGAGACUUUGUUCUGUCGGUUCUGACCGACGAGAAGAACCGGACAGGAGGGAAGAGAGUCUCACACAUCAAGGUCAUGUGUCAGAAUGACAGGUACACUGUUGGAGGCUCCGAUCUGUUCGACUCUCUCACAGAUUUGGUUGAAUUCUACAAACGUAAAGGAAUCGAGGAGAUUUCUGGAAACUGGGUUUACCUGAAGCAGCCAUACUACUCGACCAGAGUGAACGCGGCCGACAUCGACAGCAGAGUGAAGCAGCUGGAUCUGACCUCAGAUCAGCAGCAGCAGGAAGGAGAGAAGCUUAAAGCUGGAUUCUGGGAGGAAUUUGAUGCUCUUCAGAAAAUGGAAGCAAAGGUGAAGAAGAGCAGAGAGGAAGGACAGAGACCAGAGAACAAGAGCAAGAACAGAUACAAGAACAUCCUGCCCUUCAACGAUACCAGAGUCAUCCUGAAGGACGCUGAUCCAGACGUUGUGGGUUCAGAUUAUAUCAACGCCAACUAUGUCAGAGACACUCUGUGGGAAUCUGCAGAUCGGAAAGUUUACAUCGCCACCCAGGGUUGCCUAGCAACAACCGUCAAUGACUUCUGGCAGAUGGUCUGGCAGGAGAACACGAGUGUCAUCGUCAUGACGACCAGAGAGGUGGAAAAAGGAAGGAACAAAUGUGUUCCGUACUGGCCUACCAAGGAGGAUCCUCAGAAGGAGGUCGGUUCCUUCAUGGUGACCUGGGUGUCCGAGAGAGAAGCUACUGAUUAUAAAGUCCGAGUUCUGGACAUCGCUCCGGUGGACAAGCCCAAACAGUCGCGGACCGUCUGGCACUACCAGUACCUCAGCUGGCCCGACCACGGCGUCCCUCAGGAACCAGGCGGCGUCCUCAGCUUCCUCACCCAGGUCAACAACAAGCAGGCCGAAUAUCCAAAGGCCGGACCCAUGAUCAUCCACUGCAGCGCUGGAAUCGGUCGGACAGGAACCUUCGUGGUGAUCGACAUGAUCCUGGAGACCAUCGACACUCUGGGUCUGGACUGUGACAUUGACAUCUCAAAGUACAUCCAGAUGGUUCGGGAGCAGCGUUCUGGGAUGGUCCAGACCGAGGCCCAGUAUAAGUUCAUCUAUCUGGCCGUAUCCGAGCACAUCCAGACCACCAAGGCCAAAGACAACGCCGCCCUGGAAGCUGAGACCGAAUAUGGAAACCUGCAGCUCAAACACCAGCCGGCCAGCAGGAAGGUGUCCAAGAACAAGGAGGACGUUUACGAGAAUCUGUCCAAAGCCAAGAAGGACGGGAAGAAGUCCAAGACGGAGAAGAAGAGCGGCUCCGUGAAGAAGAGAUAGAAGUUUGAUCAGGAGUUCUAUUUAUGCAGCCGCUUUGUGUUUAAGACGAAAUAAAAAUAAGGUUUACAGAUGGAGAUGAGGAAACUUAAAUGUUGAUGUGUUACAAUAAAGGAGGACGUGUGCAGCUGA